AUGAUUUAUUUAAACGUCUUGAUAAAAAAAGAAGAUUUUUUAAAUGAAUUUAAUUAUUUGGAAACAAUUCGUGAUAUAAAUCGUCAAUAUGAUGAAAUUGUUUUAACAAAUUGUAUAAUUGAUGAAAGAUUUUUUUUAGAAAAUAAAUUUCAAUUAAAUGACUUAUCAAAUCAACAUAUUACAUCGAAUGAUUAUCAAACAAUUUCUUUUAAUCAAUAUUUAACAUUCAUAUCUCAAGCUAAUCAAUUAAUUAAAUUAUUAUAUUCAAUUGUUCAACAACAACAAACAAAACCAACAAAUAAUCUUAUUUCAAUUAUUGGACAACAAACUUUUUUUAUCAAAUCGAACAUAAAAUAA